GAGAGCCUCCGUCCAGCUCCCCGUCGCCGUCAUGGUUCUCGCCGCCGCCUGCGUUCUCCUCAUCACCCUGGCCGCCCUCGGCGCAUCCGGCCAGGGCCAGAUCCCGCUGGGUACAGACCUGGGCCCGCAGAUGCUGCGCGAACUGCAAGAGACCAACGCGGCGCUGCAGGACGUGCGGGAGCUGCUGCGGCAGCAGGUCAAGGAGAUCACGUUCCUGAAAAACACGGUGAUGGAGUGUGACGCGUGCGGGAUGCAGCCCGCGCGCACCCCCAGCCUGAGCGUGCGGCCCGUAUCCCAGUGCGCGCCGGGCUCCUGCUUCCCUGGUGUGGCUUGCACCCAGACCGCGAGCGGCGCGCGCUGCGGACCCUGCCCCGCGGGCUUCACAGGCAACGGCUCAUACUGCGCCGACGUCAACGAGUGCAACGCCAACCCCUGCUUUCCCCGCGUCCGCUGCAUCAACACUAGCCCCGGUUUCCGCUGCGAGGCUUGCCCUCCCGGGUACAGCGGCCCCACCCACGAGGGCGUGGGGAUGGCCUUCGCCAAGGCCAACAAGCAGGUUUGCACGGACAUUAACGAGUGUGAGACUGGGCAGCAUAACUGCGUUCCCAACUCCGUGUGCAUCAACACCCCGGGUUCCUUCCAGUGCGGCCCGUGCCAGCCCGGCUUCGUAGGCGACCAGGCGUCGGGCUGCCGUCCGCGCGCACAGCGCUUCUGCCCCGACGGCACGCCUAGCCCAUGCCACGAGAAGGCCGACUGCGUCCUGGAGCGCGAUGGCUCGCGAUCGUGCGUGUGUGCCGUCGGCUGGGCGGGCAACGGUCUCCUGUGCGGCCGCGACACGGACUUGGACGGCUUCCCGGAUGAGAAGCUGCGCUGCUCCGAGCGCCAGUGCCGCAAGGACAACUGCGUGACGGUGCCCAACUCAGGGCAGGAGGACGCGGAUCGCGACGGCAUCGGAGACGCCUGCGACCCGGAUGCCGACGGGGACGGAGUCCCCAACGAGGGGGACAACUGCCCGCUGGUGCGGAACCCAGACCAGAGUAAUGUGGACGGCGACAAGUGGGGCGAUGCAUGCGACAACUGCCGGUCCCAGAAGAACGACGACCAGAAGGACACAGAUCAGGACGGCCGAGGCGACGCCUGCGACGACGACAUCGACGGCGACCGGAUCCGAAACACGGUGGACAACUGCCCCAGGGUGCCCAACUCAGACCAAAAGGACAGUGAUGGUGAUGGUGUAGGGGAUGUCUGUGACAACUGUCCCCAGAAGAGUAACCCAGACCAGAGGGAUGUGGACCACGACUUUGUGGGAGACGCUUGUGACAGCGACCAAGACAAGGAUGGGGAUGGGCACCAGGACUCGCGGGACAACUGCCCCACAGUGCCCAACAGCGCCCAGCAGGACUCAGACAACGAUGGCCAGGGUGACGCCUGCGACGAGGAUGACGACAACGACGGAGUCCCCGACAGUCGGGACAACUGCCGCCUGGUGCCCAACCCGGGCCAGGAAGACAAGGACCGGGACGGCGUGGGCGACGUGUGCCAGGGCGACUUCGACGCGGACAAGGUGGUGGACAAGAUCGAUGUGUGUCCGGAGAACGCCGAGGUCACCCUCACCGACUUCCGGGCCUUCCAGACGGUCGUGCUGGACCCCGAGGGCGACGCGCAGAUAGACCCCAACUGGGUGGUGCUCAACCAGGGGAUGGAGAUCGUGCAGACAAUGAACAGCGACCCUGGCCUGGCUGUGGGUUACACGGCCUUCAAUGGCGUGGACUUCGAAGGCACGUUCCACGUGAACACGGUCACAGAUGACGACUAUGCGGGCUUCAUCUUUGGCUACCAGGACAGCUCCAGCUUCUACGUGGUCAUGUGGAAGCAGAUGGAGCAGACAUACUGGCAGGCGAACCCCUUCCGCGCAGUAGCCGAGCCUGGCAUCCAGCUGAAGGCUGUGAAGUCCUCCACAGGCCCUGGGGAGCAGCUGCGGAACGCACUGUGGCACACAGGGGACACAGCGUCGCAGGUGCGGCUGCUGUGGAAGGACCCCCGCAACGUGGGCUGGAAGGACAAGACAUCCUACCGCUGGUUCCUGCAGCAUCGGCCCCAAGUGGGCUACAUCAGAGUGCGGUUUUAUGAGGGCCCUGAGCUGGUGGCCGACAGCAAUGUGGUCUUGGACACGACCAUGCGGGGUGGCCGCCUGGGAGUCUUCUGCUUCUCCCAGGAGAACAUCAUCUGGGCCAACCUGCGCUACCGCUGCAAUGACACCAUCCCCGAGGACUACGAGACCCAGCGGUUGCUGCAGGCCUAGGGAUGGGGGUGGGGACCCACCACUGGACCAGAGCCAUCUUCAAGGCAGGCCAGGAACUCAGCACCCAGCCCCAAGGGGUGACCGGCCAGUGUGGGGGGAGGAGGGGGAAGGGAGAGGGGCUCAGAGAGAACAAAUAAAGUGUGUGUGCGGCGGA